CUGGCGCAUGUUUUGUAUUCUCUCCUCCACAGCUGCCUGGCUCCCUCGUCGUUGUACAACCACAGAUGGAACCGCUGAAAGUGUGUUUAUAGUUUUAUUUCCGCUUUUUGUGGUAAAGUGACCUUAUUUUACCCACUGGUAAAGCCUGCCAUGUCAUUUUAACCAGGUUGGUUUCCUCCUCUGAAGGAUCUGUAUUCGUUGGGGGAGGGUCAGGGCAGAAAAGCUGACUAAUGGUCAUAGAGCCAGCUCACCCACCACCCACUGACCAGGCAGCGAGGAGGAAGUGCCCUGUUGGUGAGAAAAGCAGGGACACAGCAGAUAAGACCGUUGCCUUGGGAUUUCUGACAUGGGUUUGCACAUUCUUCUCCUCCUUACACUGACUGUGUGACCUGCUGAUGUCUCGUCCUGCUCCGACCCCAAUCUACACCCUGAGGGGUGCCGGCGGGCCCCUGAACACCCUCCACUUAAGCUGCCAUGGUGGAGACACCCCGCUCCUUUAUUCUGGUUCAGGUAAAGGGGCCAUCCAUAUCUGGAACCUGAACACCAGAAGAGCUCAAAGGAUCAUGGAAGGUCACUCUGGAAACUCGAUCAUCUGGGUGAGCACACUGCAGGCGACAAAUACCCUCCUCAGCCAGGGCCGGGACAUGCAGGUGUGUCUGUGGGAUUUGAAUGAAGGUCGCAGUGAAGUGGUGGACUCUGUGUGGACUGGCAGCGUUGGAUUCUGUCAGUGCUCUGUGCUGGAGACGAGCCCUGGAAACCACCUGCUGGCCUUUGCUGGACAACAGACAGAGGAGAUCAAGAUCAUUGAGCUGCCUAGUAAGACCCUGGUCUGCACCCUUGUGCCAGAUGCAACGGUGGGGAUGGUCAUGUGUAUCAAACUGUGGCAGCCCGACUCAGGGCCUGGACCUUUCCUGUUGGCUGGAUACGAGGACGGAUCUCUGCUGCUGUGGGAUGUAACCCAGAGGUCCGUGCUGAGCCAAGUCAAAGCCCACCCUGAACCCGUCAUGUGCCUGACCUUUGAUCCAGAACGUCUGAGGGGCAUAUCAGGCUCUUCUGAGAAGACCCUCUCCUGCUGGAAGCUGGACGGACAGAACAACCUGCAGCUCCAGGAUAAUGUGACGCUGGUCAACCCUGGGGUUUCCCAGCUAUGUAUCAGGGAGGAUGGUAAACUUCUGGCGUCAGCGGGCUGGGACCAUCGCGUGCGGGUGUUUGGGUGGAAGAAGCUUAAACCACUGGCAGUGCUUCAGUACCACACUGACAUGGUGCAAAGUGUGGCUUUCUCUGACCACCAGGACCCCAAGCAAAGACUGCUGGCUGCUGGAUCCAAGGACCAGCGGAUCAGCCUGUGGUCAAUUUACAAUGAGGGAGCUGACACAAGCUGAGACUCAGAGCUCUGCAAGAAUGUAUGAACUCUAAUUCAUUGUGUGUACUGAUGUUUGCCAGCAGUUUAGUUUUCAGCCAGAGUAAAGGUUAAUAUGCAUAUAUGGACCAUAUAUAUAUAAUUUUAAAAGGAAAGAGCUAUUCAGUGCUGUCAGUGGUAUUUAUUCCUAAAACAUGUAUCAGCAUGGACAGUGAGCUCAAGUUUCUGGACAUGUUGAUCUAUGUAUGACUGCUAACGUGAUUAUAAAAGGAGGAAAACGUAGUCAUAAAUAAAGCUGAUGGAUGCUGACAUUUCAGUUCAUCUAACACAACAAGCCCUGUCUAUUUCUUAGAAAACUAAUGUGGCCAAGACCUGGUAAACAGAAUCCGGUUUAGUUUCAAUGAAGAUGAGCACUAUUUUGCCCCGGUAUUUUGUAUUAACCUUCAAUACUUCAUUUAGUUAAUAUAAACUAAAAUCAGAAAAAUUACUUACUAAGAAGUAAGAAAAAAAGUAUUUUAUGCUAUCUCCAGUAAGAAUCCAAAAUGUAAAGUAUCAUAACAUUUGGCCCAAUUCAAAUCUCAAUUCCUUAUACCAGCCUGGAGCUGACAAAUAUCUUAACAAGUAAAGACAAGACUUUAUUGUAUUUAGUAUCAAAGUAGUUUGCAUAUUAAAAACAGAAAAAAGAUAAGAAAAACUAAGAUCUUCAACAUCUGUCCUAGAAAGACAUAAUAAUACCAGGCUGGGUGAGAUGGUUUAAGAUCAGCUGCAAAUUCAUGUGCAUGAGUCUGGGCAAAGGCUAAGAAAUCUCAGAGAGUGGCAAAAGAGACAGGGACAACUAUGCUGCUUGAGCUGGCUUUGAAGAGGGAAAUAAAUAUUUAAAUUAUUAAAACAAGGUUUUUUCUCAUGUGAAACAAUAAUAUAUAACUUGAGCUGUCAGUAUUAUAACAUGUUAAUUGUUAUAAUGCAAUUAAGGUCUGAAAUGAA